UUCCAUUUCAAAAGAGCAGACGGCCUCUGCUGCGAUUGUAGAAGAGACCGCUGUGUGAACUAGGGACUGGGAGGCGUCGAGCGGCGGAACGGUCCAUCUCAGAGACUAAUUUUCUGGAGUUUCUGCCCCUGCUCUGCGUCAGCCUUCACGUCACUUCGCCAGCAGUAGCAGAGGCGGCGGCGGCGGCGGCGGCGGCUCCCGGAAUUGGGCUGGAGCAGGAGCCUCGCUCGCUCCUCCGCUCGUGCUCUCGGCGCUCAGUGCCCAGCGGCAGGAGGAGCCUGGACCAGGCGCCGCCGGCGGGCGGGAGGCGCCGGAGCCGGCCUCGAGGUACGUCCCGGAUCCCAGCGCGCGUGUGGCAGGGAGUCUGCGUCCGAGAGAGUCCCGGCAGCGCCGCCGGCCGGUUCCCGGAGCUCCGGGCCAUGCAGCGGCGGCCGCGGCGGAGCUCCGAGUGGCGGUAGCGCCCCCUGUGAGGCGGCGGGAGAUGCCCCGGCCACUGUGAACGGCCGCCCGCCAGGCCACGCUCAGCCCGGGACACGCUUGGCGCUGCGCGCCCUCGACAAGCACCGAGUAGGGCGAGCGGCGAGCGCAGCAAAGGACGCCCAGCACGGACCAGGGAGGCCAGCCGGGGCAGCGCAGUGAACGUACUCAGCCUGACUCCGGCUGGCACUGGCGGCUAGGGAUGUCGUCCUGGACGAGGUGGCAUGGACCCGCCAUGGCCCUGCUCUGGGGUUUCUGCUGGUUGGUUGUAGGCUUCUGGAGGGCUGCUCUCGCCUGUCCCACGUCCUGCAAAUGCAGCGCCUCUCGGAUCUGGUGUAGCGAUCCUUUUCCCGGCAUCGUGGCAUUUCCGAGAUUGGAGCCUAACAGUGCAGACCCUGAGAACAUCACCGAAAUUUACAUUGCAAAUCAGAAAAGGUUAGAAAUCAUCAACGAAGAUGAUGUUGAAGCUUAUGCAGGACUGAAAAAUCUGACAAUUGUGGAUUCUGGAUUAAAAUUUGUGGCUCAUAAAGCAUUUCUGAAAAACAGCAAUUUACAGCACAUCAAUUUUACCCGAAAUAAACUGACAAGUUUGUCUAGGAAACAUUUCCGUCACCUUGACUUGUCUGAGCUGAUCCUGGUGGGCAAUCCAUUUACAUGCUCCUGUGACGUUAUGUGGAUCAAGACUCUUCAGGAGAUUAAGUCCAGUCCAGAAACUCAGGAUUUGUACUGCCUAAAUGAAAGCAGCAAGAAUAUUCCCAUGGCAAACCUGCAGAUACCCAAUUGUGGUCUGCCAUCAGCAAAUUUGGCUGCACCGAACCUCACUGUGGAGGAAGGAAAGUCUAUCACAUUAUCUUGCCAUGUUGUGGGUGAUCCAGUUCCGAAUUUGUACUGGGAUGUUGGUAAUCUGGUUUCCAAACAUAUGAAUGAAACAAGCCACACACAGGGCUCCUUAAGGAUAACUAACAUUUCAUCUGAUGACAGUGGAAAGCAAAUCUCUUGUGUGGCAGAAAAUCUUGUAGGAGAAGAUCAAGAUUCUGUCAACCUCACUGUACAUUUUGCUCCAACUAUCACAUUUCUCGAAUCUCCAACCUCAGACCACCACUGGUGCAUUCCAUUCACUGUGAAAGGCAACCCCAAACCAGCGCUUCAGUGGUUCUAUAAUGGGGCAAUAUUGAAUGAAUCCAAAUACAUCUGUACUAAAAUCCAUGUCACCAAUCACACGGAAUACCAUGGCUGCCUCCAGCUGGAUAACCCCACCCACAUGAACAAUGGGGACUACAAGUUAGUAGCCAAGAAUGAGUAUGGGAAGGAUGAGAAACAGAUUUCUGCUCACUUCAUGGGCUGGCCUGGAAUCGAUGACGGUGCAAACCCAAAUUAUCCUGAUGUAAUUUAUGAAGAUUAUGGGACUGCAGCGAAUGACAUUGGAGACACCACCAACAGAAGUAAUGAGAUCCCUGCCACAGAUGUUGCUGACAAAACCGGUCGGGAACAUCUCUCGGUGUACGCUGUCGUUGUGAUUGCCUCUGUGGUGGGAUUCUGUCUGCUGGUAAUGCUAUUUCUGCUGAAGUUGGCAAGACACUCCAAGUUUGGCAUGAAAGGUUUUGUUUUGUUUCAUAAGAUCCCACUGGAUGGGUAGCUGAAAUAAAGGAAAAGACAGAGAAAGGGGCUGUGGUGCUUGUUGGUUGAUGCUGCUUGUAAGCUGGGCUCUGGGGACUCGCACUGGCUUCUCCCAGGACGUGUUGCUUACCUGGGGUUUUCUGGGAGACGUGGGUGGUAUUUGCAGGAGGCACUGCAUGGAGCCUGCAGAUGCUGUGAGCUGUGAUGGGGGAGCACCACUCACAGGCAGCUAAGGAGAAACUCAAGAAAACAUCUUAAAUUAAUGCUUCUCUUUUGUCCUUACAAUCAUUCAAAUACAAAAUUGAAAUGAAAUACCAUUGGAUUGUGCUUGUCUCCUGAAAGGUGUGCUGUAUGACCAUUCUGGAAAUGUAUUGGUUUUAUUGCUUCUGUUUAUUAAAGGUGAACUGCAAAGUUAAAAAGAGAUCCAGGUUUAGGGACAGGUAUAAAGACACACUUAACAGUCUAAUCUCCAUUUAACACAUAGGUUAGCGUUGUUUUCUGUUGUUUAAUCAGUAGUGAAUUCAGGAAGUUUCACUUUUCCCUCUAUGGCACAGAGAUGAAAGAGUGAAGGACACAUACCCCUCUGCUGUGGGGACUUGGUGGUGUCUCUGAGGGUUCUUCUCCUUCACUCGGCAAUAAGGUCUAGAGCCAUGCAAUUACUGCAAAUGAUUUCCUUAAAGUUUAUCAGCAGGCAAAAAAAAGGCUAUUUGUACAGGGCAAUAGAUUUCAGUUAGGCAUAGCUCAUUUCAAAAUAACUCAGAGUGAAAUAUAUGCAUAUGGGGCCUGUGUCCUUUGAUUUGCCCUCUGCGCUCCACCUGCUUUUCAGAAGAGUGCGCAUGAGAAGGCUGCAGCAGCUCAUGCUGAUCCUGUAACAGAACUGCAGCUUUGCUCCUCUGAAAAGGCCUGCAAGCAGAAUGGCCAGCCUGCUGUGAGCAGGAGAGGAUACUCUGAGAAGGAUAGUGCCUACCGCGUAGUAUGCUACUGCUGGUUUCCAUCGGCAGGACGGCUCUUCCUGACCCCAGCCGCACGGAGGUGGUGAACAGGAGCUUAAUGACGUCCAGCUUCAUUGCUGAGAGGGCAGCCUCAGAGCUGCAGGAUUCUGUGUCCCUGCCAUAGUUUUACCAGGGACACCUGUUUCACUCACUCGGCCAUGGCAGUGACCUCUGUACUCUGCUCAGUCUGCGCUGGCAGGCUCCCUGUCCCGAAGACAGGUUCGGCUGCCGCCACCCCGCUUCACCUCACACCUUUCUUGUUAGAGGGACUUCAGAGCCAGACCUGAAGUAUUUCAUUUGAAAAUACAAUCAGCUCUGACUGUAAGGCAGGUGCACAGAUGCCAUGGCUGGAUUGGAGAUAAUAUUGAUGUUUCAAAACUUUCCUUUUGGGAAAAAUAGUCACUCAAGUUUUGCAGUUCAGCUUUAAGGGUUUAUAGAUUUUUAACUAGUCCAACAUGUUUGGAAACAUUGUUUUGAAUCCUGUAUAACCAAGCCAUUAAUCUUAAUAAACCAGGACCCAUUUAGGCACCACUUGAUAUAAAAAGAUUAUCCAUGAUGAAUAUUUUAUACUGUAUCUUUUACAUUAGCCACUAAAUAUGUUAUUGCUUGAUGCAGACAUCGCACAGAGUCCUAUGGAUUACAGCAUGGAACUUGGCUGCUUCAUAACCAUGCCUGGAAGAGGGGCAGUUUCUCCAAAUCAUAUACAAGCUGCUCGUUCUCAAAAUGUUUCUUUCCAAAAAGACGUUUGAGUGUGAGGGCAGCUGCCCCUUGGUUGGGGGAGGUCUGAAUAUUCCUUGAAUUCCUACUUCCUUGCUUGCUGCUAAAUGACAGUUUCUGUCACUACUUAGAUUUUGAUCUCUCCCAAAGAUGUUGAUUUACAAGAAGCCAGCUAAUUGCAGAAAUCCUGAACCCUGAAAGAAAAAUGAAAUUCAAACUGGGAGCCAGGCAGAAGCUGUCAGUACAGCGAAGGUUGUUCAAUAUCGGCCAUUUGGUACAGUUUUCUUUCUAAGCUUCUGUGUUAUUCCAUGGAGUGAGAAAAAAAGUAAUGGGUUGUUUAAGGACCAUUUUAUAACUUUCCCAGACCCAAAAGAGAAAAAAAUGAGUUCUCCACAACUAGAAGAAUUGCAGGGUAGAUUUUUGUUUUAAAAUGGGGAGAAGUGGACAGAUAAGGCAAUUUAAUAUAUCAAACAGCAGUUGACAUCUCCCAGGGAACGAUGAAAACAGCAGGCUAUUUGAAAAUUGUUUCAUAUGGUUCUUGUAUUCUUUGCUUUUUAUUUUUUAAAAAUCCCUGAAGACCAUAGUCAGUCCCAUAGUUCCUCAUUUCUCUCCUGUAGACCACUGCCUCUCAUCCAUUGCUACCGUCCCCUCUAAGAAAUCUUUGUAGAGCUUCCUAAAGAUAUGUAUCAUGGAUUUUUGCAACAGUAGAAAAGGAUAGGUAUACUUUUGCUGAAAUCAACUCUGUCACUCUGCAACAAGGAUCUGGCAUUUCAGUGCCAGGCAGGUAUCCUAAAUGAGCAAUGUGCUCUGGAUGAGUGGAUAUCCUCCCACCAGAGGGGCAGCUGUCACCCAGCCCCAGCCAACUCAUGCCUCCUGGGAAUGUGGGUCCAGGUUUCCAAAGCUUCAGAUUCUUUAAGAGAAAUUUGAAACCUGGAUUUUUAUGUGAAAUGUCCCUAUUUUUAAAAAGUUGGCUCAGUUAUUUUUAAAACAUUAUGUAGGCCAACAAAACAUGUCUGUGGGCUGCCAGUUUGUUACUUUUGUCUUAAAGCAAGAUCACUGUUCUCCCAUUGUAUUCUUCUAUCUUUCCUUUGCAAAUGCACUUUCUGGCAUUGUCCCUGAGAGCUUUAUUGCCAUUGAGUUUAGCAACCCUGUGAUUUGCAACAUGUCACUUACCUUUGGGGCCCUCCUUUGCCUUCUGCUAGCUGGGACCUCAUCUCUCUCACUCUGCCUGGGACUCUUGCUGAAGUGUUUUCCUUCCAUGCCUCCAUUCCACUUCUGCAUGGCCAGAGACAACCUAAUGAAUCCUUCUUCUUGUCUGACAUGCCUGCUUUCAUGAGUGUCCAGGUCACCUGACCCGCUCAGGGGCAGCCAGGUACACACAGGCACACACACUCCUGUUUAACGGGCAUCCUUAAUGUACUGGGGUAGCCACUGGUAAAUGGGAAACAGGUGCAUCUUCUUCAAGAGGCGUGGUUCAGGUCCUGUCUCUUGAAUGGGGUCCCACUGAGACCUUCAAAGGCAGCUCAGAGAGACUAAGAAACUCCACUGCCAUUACAUGAGACUUCAGUCUGAGGCCAAUGAGGGUCCAUCUCUCGCCAGGAAAAAUGAACCCCUACUUACUUUAGAGACGAUCCAUUCAGGGGUUUUCACUCUUGGUCUCCCAGCAGGCACCAGUUUCACUUUUGACUCACUGAAUGUUCUUUCCAAAUGCAGGAAGCAAAGAUGAGAAGUAAAUUAUUUUAGCUCCACCCUGCCACCCAGAACCCAAAGGGUGUUUGCUCUUGGCUCCAAACCCUGCAAGUCAUUCUGACUUACACCCCGAGUGGUUAGAGCCUGAAGCUCCUCGGCAGACAGAGCAGAGGCUGUGGCUAUUCGCCAGUUUGAGGAGCGUACAGCUCAAGGGGCGCAAGGCAGAAAUCCAGUUCCCUGCGGGUGUGAGGCCAGCUCUCUCUGCUCUUUCUUCUCCCUUUAUUUGCCUACAGUUCCAGACUUUUCCCUCUCUACCAUUCCAGAUUGACUCCAUGGCAAACAGAGAGUUUAUUUUUAUUUGAUUAAUUUGUUGCUUUGCACACACCUUUUUUUUCUGUCUUUUCAUUGCAAAAGGAAUCCAAGGACAGCAGGCACCUGAAUUAACUCUUCUCUGACUCCAUCUGAGAGUGGCUGAUGUACACUUCCCCUGCUUUCCUGCUUUCUGUCUAGAACUCCUCCCUUGGUUUGCAUCUAGUUUCCUCACAAGAGAGCAGAAGCUCACUUCCUUUUGUUUGUCUGGACUCUAGACACAGAGGGACAACAACUGAAGAAAGUGGCUCCACAUACCCCAGGGGCUGCAUGGGGCUGCUGCAUCCAGUCACCUGGGCUGGGCCAUUCCUGUCUAGUCGAGGUCCAUGGAACCCCAGAGGUUAUGUCCCUUGGCAGACUCGACUCCAGGGAAAGCAGGACAGAAGCAGCCACUCCAUAAGAAUCUGCUGUGUCCACACACCUGCAGGGCCUGCGAACCAUGUCAGGUCUAUUCCAGGGCCCUCGGGAAGGUUAAGGUCUCUCCCGGACAGGACGUGAAAUGUGAUUUUUCUCUCGGGGGAUGCCAAACUGAAUUAAGCUAACAAAAUUCCCAGCCCAGCAAGUGACAUGAAAACAGCUGUCACAGAAGGCAGUUUUCCACUCAACGUCAGCUGAUUUCCUUAUCUUGCUGUCAGGGGCAAAGGGACCUCCCAGCCAUCUGAUUUGGACAGUGGGAUCACCCUGAGUUUAAUGCAGGCUAAUGCGCUGGGGCUGCGGGAUGGUGAGUACCCAACAGAGGUUGCUACUGGCUGUGUCUGAAGUCUUAGUUUUCAUGGGGAAAAAAAAUAUGUGAGAAGCAAAGAAAAGAACAGAUUUUUCACCACCUUUAUUUUAAGACAGUCCAUUACGAAUAGAGCAAAAACAAGAGAGAUUCUAUUACAAUGUAUAGGCAUAUCAAAACAUCAUGUCAUACACUUUAAAUACCUUACAGUUUGAUUUGUUAAUUACACCUCAAUAAAGCUGCAACAUAAAAAAGGAAAUAAAGUAGUAAGAGAUUCCAGAGCAAGACAAAUCAUUGAGUGUCAUUCAUGUCAUGUUCAAAUCCAUUUGCUGUAAUCCAUAGGCAGCCUGUUAACCAUUCUCAUGCCGUUUUUUUUCCAUAAUGUUCCAGGUUUUAAAGUCAUUUUUUCACAUUUCCUGUAAAUAAUGGAUAAUCAUUUUUUAUUUUAUUUUUAAGUGCUGUUUUAACAAUGUGGAUAGACCAUAAAUGUACUUGCUGACUUCAUUCUUUUUUUUUUUAACAAGCCAAUAAAGUUUUAUGAUUCAU